AUGCCAAAAAGUCAAGGUGGACUUGGUGGUAUCAAGAUUCCUUUGAUUGCCGAUCAAACGAAAAAGAUUACAAGAAGAUAUGGAUGCUUGUAUGAAGAAAAUGGAUUUCCUUUCAGGGGUACUUUCAUUAUUGAUGACAAGGGUAUUCUUCGCGUUGCGCAUGUUAACGAUACUCAGAUCGGUCGAUCUGUUGAUGAAACACUUCGUCUUGUAGAAGCCAUUCAGUUCACAAACAAACACGGUGAAGUUUGUCCAGUGAACUGGAAAAGUGGAGAUCGCACGAUAGUUCCAGAUCCAACGUUAUCCAAAGAUUAUUUUUCUAAAAUUUAA